AUGAACCAAAUACCCAACAACUUGAGGCUGAGUCCCGAGCAGGUGCAUGACCGGCUUCUGGGAAGCCCUCUUCCGAUAUUUGGGACCGAGCUCGCGAGUUUAAUCAAGCGAAACUCAAGGUUUUCAGAAUUACGCGCCAAGCUUUGGCUUCCGGUUAUCUUUCGUUGUCAUUUGCCCCCCAACCUUAAUCCUCCGAAGUCAUCCCCGAUCGUUAGCAAUGUAACGGCACGUUUUAUUAUUCACUUUUCCUGUAACGAGAGCUCCUGGAUGUGGGUCCGGGGAAGCAAUUUCGCAGUAUUCAAUCUCAGCAUUAAGGCCACUGCGGAAGCGGCGCUAUACCGCAAUUUGUACCUCACUGAGGUGAAACUCACCCGCUUUGAGCCUGUUAAGGAUGUUGCCGGGCGAAUCCAGGGCCUUUUGGCCUACGGUAGGGCAACGCAGGGCAGGCCGAAAAUAUCACAGCACCCAUGGGACGCGCGGGAUAUCAUUAGCGCACUUUCCCAAGGGGCCUACCCAAUCCCGCUGAUUGUGGUGGGGCUCGACACCGACUUCGGAGAUGGUUCAACAGUGCAUCACUUGGCGCUGACUUGCAUCACCAUUGCCUUUGCCAGUAUUUCGAUUAUUAUUCCGAUAAUUUUUUACAUUUGUUCAUGCUUCAGAUCAUUACAUACAAAGGAACUAAACCCGUUAGAUUACCCCUUCAACGAAUCUUCAACUGAGGUUUCUAAUUCUGGACAUUUUCCUGCCACACCUUUCUCCAACUUUGCUUACCUUCCAGCGGCAGGCGGCGAUUUUGAUGAACCCACCGUUCCUUAUACACCAGCUUCUGGACGGCUUGAAGAAGAUGCUUUCAGAAAACAGUCGUCAGUGAGAAUCAUCAACCCUUUAAGAACUACUAACGACAUUUCUGCAGAAGCUAAAGCAGUAGACGAGGCUCAUCCGAUCUUUUCUCACGCUGGUUGA